GGGUACAGGGGGGAGGGACAGGCCGGGGGAUGAUUAAACCCAAUAGGAGGAGGAGGAGGAGGAGGCAGGAGAGAGGAGAGAGGAGGGAAAGAGAGGAGCAUUCAGCGGUGGUGGCUUGCGGCCAUGUCCGGGUUUCAACUUAGUCUGUACCAAGUGCAUCCACGUAGCGGUUUUGCCGCCGCAGGGCAGCAAGCUGCUCUCAGUGGAGAUGGCCCGGGACGGGGGAUGAGAUCAUCGUUGUAUCUGUCCCGAUCCCAUUCUCUAUGUCCGUCUCGACCUCGAUCUGCGUCGGCGCCGGGGUCUCCAGCUUUUGCUGCUGGCUCUUGUCUGUCUCCUCCCCCUUCUCCACCAUCUCCACCAUCUCCUCCUCCUCCUGCUUGCCUUCGUUCCGUCGUCCUGCCGGGAGCGCGGUGCGGCCUGGGGGCGCGCGAGCUGCAGUUAAGCCAUGGGCGUGGUGGUGUCGAAUGGCGCGAACUCUUAUGGGCGAACAGUCGGCCACGACAGCUCGAAAGGAGGAGGAGCUUUGCAGAUGGAGGGGGGGAGGUGGAGGUGUGCUUUCUCUGUGCAAGAGCGGGCGGGGGGCGGAUACAUGGAGGGGGAAGGAUGGCCGGCGGGCUGACACGUGGCGACCGGCUAUGGCGUCGCCGAGUGGCUGGGACGUUGGAUGGUUGUGCUGAUGAAAGGAGUGGGGGCGGCGAUCAGCUAUGGCGGCGGCACGCCGCCGCGGCUGCCGCAGCAUCGGGGAAGGAGGAGGAUGACCUGGAAGAGGGGGAAGAGAAAGGGCUGUCGUCGUUGAUUGAUAGAGCAAGAUCGGACGACUCCUCGCCUCUGCCGCACAAGUCAUUAGCUACUGGAGACACCUCCCCUUCUUCGGCCACCUCCUCAUCCCUUCUGUCCACGUCUCCAUCCAAUUCUCGUUCCUCGUCUUCCUCUCUUUCUCCUUCUCAGUUGGCUUCUUCUUCUUCUUCUUCUUCUUCUUCUUCUUCUUCUUCUUCGUUGAGGGAUGGCGAUGGUGGCAGUCGUCCUUCUAAGGAGGAGGAGGAGGAGGAGGAAGAGGAGGAGGAGGAGGAUGAGAUCAGCAGAAGAAUCUGGGAACUGCUGAAGGAGGAACUUAACCUCCUGGUCGAUUUGCUGCCUGAACGGAUAAAGGUAAAACUUGCCAGUCAUCCAAAUUUGGACAAUCUUAUCGAGAUUGUGAUGGACUUGGGUAGAAGGCCGAUGGCGCGAUUUCCUGCUCCUCUGGGCGAUGUGGUUCUUGUUGACGACAACGUCACUGCGGAUGACAUAGCGUAUGCAGUUUCAAAGGUUGGUGAGUUCGGCGGUGAUAAUCGCGCUGGAAUAGAUCGGACGCUUCACAGGAUCAGCGCCAUGAGAAAUCGUGCGGGCAAGAUUGUUGGGCUGACAUGCAGAGUCGGCAGAGCCAUACGAGGUAGCGCGGAGAUGGUUAGAGACUUGGUUGCAGGGGGAGGCUCUUUGUUGCUGAUGGGUCCUCCUGGGGUUGGUAAGACAACAGCAAUAAGAGAGAUAGCGAGAAUGCUGGCUGAAGAGUACGACCGGCGCGUGGUGAUCGUUGAUACGUCCAACGAGAUAGGGGGUGAUGGGGAUAUACCACACCCGGGGAUUGGGAGCGCCAGGAGAAUGCAGGUGGCUGAGGUGGAGCUGCAACACGAGGUGAUGAUUGAAGCGGUGGAGAAUCACAUGCCGCAAACAAUUGUGAUUGAUGAGAUAGGCACAGAGCUGGAGGCAAAUGCUGCAUGUACAAUUGCGCAGAGAGGUGUGCAGCUUGUUGGCACGGCUCAUGGCAUGACCAUUGAAAACCUCAUAAAAAAUCCGUCUUUGUCCAUUCUGGCGGGAGGAAAGAGGCCACGGGUUGAGGUGAGGCAGAUGCCUGAGGAAGGCCAAGCCGAUGCGGGGAAGGAAGAGAAAGAUAAGGGGAAGCUAGACAAAGACUAUCAUGGUGCCGCACUGGCCCCGAAGACGUUCUCUCAGGCCCAUGUUUCUGAUGAAAGCAGUGGAGAUGAUGAGGAUGAGGAGGAGGAGGAUGAAGAUGAUGAUGGUGACGAUGACAAGAGCAGUCGAGGAAAAUCUGUGGAAAGCAGCUUGCGAGCUUUGGUCGGCGGAGACAGAAGAGGUUGGCUUGCUUCCGAUAAACCAACGGACAUUCCACUGAUGCUGUUUGCUUACCAGAUAGCAGAAUCCUCUCUUGAGCAAGUUAUGGAGGUUAUGGGUCUGAGUGACAUGGUGCAGCUGACUGAUGACAUUUCUAUGGCUGAUGCCGUGCUCACGCUGCGAUCGAGGUUGAAACAAAACUCGUGGGUUCGAGGUGCUGCGAGGGAGAGGCAGGUGCCCAUCUUUGCAAUUAAGGCAAACUCCAUGGCUCAGAUGGUCCGUGCGAUGAGGGCUAUCCUCGGCAUGGAAGCACUUGGAGCAGUAGGGCCGGCAUCGUACGACAAGGACGCCGGGAUGCCUGGUCUUCGUGGAAAUAGUUUGCCCAAUGGGUCGUGGCAGAAGGCUCCAGACAGCACCUUUGAAGAUGAAAUUGAUGCGUUGGAGGAGGCAAGACUGGCAGUGGAACAGAUAGUCAUUGCAAAAGGAAAGCCUGCUGAACUACUUCCACGUUCGACGAAUAUUCUUGUUCUUCAGGGAAAACUUGUUGAGCACUACCAGCUUACGUCCGAAGUCUGUGGAACGGAACCGAACUGCCGCCUACGCAUCCUUCCUAUCUAUCUGGACCAGCGCGGCAAAAAUACUGCUGCUAAGGAAGGCAGCGCCGUGGUUGAGAGCCUCGACAGCUCCAUCAAGGAGGAGAACAAUGGUAGCCCCUUCACCCACCAACCUGUGAAUGGUGCGGAGAGCGCUGACAAGUUACCUGAUUUGCAGCGAGAAACUGACUCCAAGGACACAACCAAACAGAACUCUGGAUAUCAUUGAGGCAAGCUGCUGACCCCAGCAGGACACAGACCAGUUGGCGGAGAUGGACACCUUGCCUGUUCGACCAAUCUAGGUUGGUUUUGAAGCCGGGAGUAGAGGUCGCCUCCCCAAGAUGCGACAGAUGGAGCGGGACACGUGGAGUGGGGUGCAUGAAGCGGCGAUAUAAGGGGGGGGAAAGGAGGACAUGAAGCGGGCCAUAUGGAGCGGGGCACAAGAAGUGGGCUGAUACGGAGUGUAGCACAUGGAUUGGGACAAUGACGCAGGGCACAUGGAUGAAGCGGAACUCAUGGAUCGGGACACAGGGGAGCAGCUUGAGUGGGAGAAAGUGAGCGGGACACAUGGAGUGGGGCACAUGAAGAGGGCGAUAUGGAGUGGGGCACAUGAAGUGGGCAAUAUGGACUGGGGCACAGGAAUUGGGAUUAUAUGGAGUGUGUGGCACAUGGAUCGGGGGCAAUGGGGCAAGGCAUAUGGAUGAAGCGGAACGCAUGGACUGGGACACAGGGGAACAGCUUGAGUGGGAGAAAGUGAGCGAGUGACAGAUUCAGUGGGACAUUGACAAGGUGGCCCAAGCUGCAUCUCUGUGGGGGUUGUUUCCCAGAUGAACCAGAUUGCAUCGGCAUCACUUAGUGACCGGUGACCCGCAACUGCGACAUGUUGAGUAGAACAAGAAGUCAACCAAGAAGCCGAACAAAAAGUCAACGAAGAAGUCCGAGAAGUCGAAGUCAAACAAGAAGAAAGGGAGGAGCUGAUGUUGUCCUUUCAAAGAUAUCUUGAAUGUCUUAUCGGUGCUACCUGGUUGGUGCAACAUGUCAAAGAUGGAAAUGUGGAGACGGAACAUGUUGGUGCAGGCAGGGGGAGGAACUGUCAGUUUCCACUGCGAACUCGUAGCCGCGAUGUGCGAGCGAGGAAGAAAACAGCCACAUCAUUAGGUGGGCCAGUUGAAGCCUUUGGAACAUCACAGCCAUUAAUGACUCCUGGACAUGGAUGACACACGCACACACACGCACACAAACAACUUCAGGCAGUAAGGAAAAACAAGCGGUAGGCCACCUGCAGGAAUUUGUCUUUUUUUUUUUUUUUUGGUCUUUUAGAGCAUGUACGUAAUGAUUAGUUUUGCUUGUUUUGGAUUUUCUGCACACCUUACUGAAUGUACGAUUGAAAAUUCUGACUGCUUUAGUGCUUUUUUUUUCUUUUCUUUUCUUUUCUUUUUUUUUGACUGCUCUAAUGUUAUGCUGGGUGGAGGGGGAAACUUUAGUGUCUAACUUCAUACAUUCCGGCACUGCGUUCGAGUCUUUUGGGUCGGGCCCCCGACAGGCGUGACGUCCAUCGUAGGAAAGUACGAAUCUUGCCGCUGUUACGCCUGCUUUCAUCCUUUCUAAGCAUGAAUGCGACCGUCCACUGGGGCCUGCUGCCCAUUAGUCACAUAUCUAAUAGGACUUGAGGCUAGGCAAAGCCACACCAAGUCUGGGAUUGCAACAUCCAUGUCAGAUGUAGAGAACUGGAUGAGGUAACAUAGUCCUUGACCAAUCUGGGCCCAGUUUUGGAAAAACUGGUAGGGCUUGAGGCUAGGCAAAGCCACUGGGACUUGAGGGUUAGGAAAGCCAUGGCGACUUCAGGCUUGGGAAAGCCACUGUGACUUCAAGCUUGGGAAACCCCUGCAACUUCAGGCUUGCAAAAGCCACGGUACUUCAGGCUUGGGAAAGUGGCUGGGACUUCAGGCUUUGGAAAACCCGUGGAGCUCAAUAUGGUCGAAAUCAAAGCCGUUUUUCUAC